AGCAGCGGGCGGGGGAGGGGAAGAGUGCGAAAUGGUUUGUGUUACGGCGCGUGUAGAACUGCACUGCGUGCGUUAACUUGCGCAAAACUGCAAACACGUUCAUAUAAGCAGGAGUUAAUGCAGAGGGAUUUUUUUUUUCCUUGGAACUGCCAUGGGCAGUUAUCGAACCCUCCCUCUUCUUCCAAGAGAGAAAAAAAAUAAAAGUUUAUAUCUCUCCUCCCCUAGCGAUCGUGUUUUUUUUAAAUCUUGGGUCCAGUCACUCUCGCCUAUCUUCAUUCCUCGUUGCCGACCCGAGAUGGGGCCUGUGCAUCAAUUCCACACGCUCACAAUCUCUCUGCAGGACCUUCUCUAGAUAGAUGCAACUUUUAACUGAAUCAUGCUCCGUGCGGGAGAGCGCUUCAUCAUAUCCAUUCUUUUUAUUUUUAAGCUCCUUGGUUUACCAGCAACAAGUCACGGCGGCGUUCCGCCGGACAGUUUGCAUUUUGCAGGCGAAAAACAAGAAAAGUUUAUUAAGACUUUGCAGAAUUAUGAAAUAGUUCAUCCCGUCAAAGUGGACGAAAGUGGAACUUUUCUCUCGCAGGACGUCAGUCACUAUGUCAAUCACGUUGGAAGGCGGGACCUCAGAAAGCGGGGCGACCACGUCUUUUACCAAAUUGUUCUCCGAGGGCAAAAACUGUUUUUUAACCUGACCGUGAAUCAACCCUUUCUUUCGCCGGGAUUCGUCCUUGAGAAAAGGUACGGGAACAUAACUGGUGCCGUGAUUCAUGGCCCCACGGUGAACACGUGCCAUUUCACGGGCAGAGUGCAGCAUCCAAAACUGGGGAGCGGCGCUGCUGCCGUGAGCACCUGCAAAGGACUGCAUGGUUUCUUCCGUCUACACAGUGAAGACUAUUUUAUUGAACCAAUACACAGCCACCCACAAAGCAGCGAGAAACAGCAGCCACAUGUUAUUUACAAGAGACAAGUUUCUCCACACUCUCAGAGAAAGCACCAUGGACUCCCUUCUGGGAGCACAGGGGCCUGUGGAAUACGAGAUUCUUUCAAUAAUAUCCUGAAGCCAGAGAGACAGAGAGAGAGUUGGGAGGAGGUUCAUAGGAAAGGACGCAGAAUCUCCCAGCGAUCAAUCAGCAAAGAACGAUGGGUCGAAACAUUAGUGGUUGCUGACACUGAAAUGAUAGAAUACCAUGGCAGUGAAAAUGUGCAGUCAUACAUCUUUACUAUAGUAAAUAUGGUUGCAAGCUUGUUCCAUGAUCCCAGUAUUGGCAAUGCAAUCCACAUCGUGUUGGUGAGACUCAUUUUACUGGAAGAAGAAGAGAAGGAGCUAAAAAUCAUUCAUCACGCUGACCAUACGCUUUCCAGUUUCUGCAAGUGGCAAAAGAACAUCAAUCCUAAAAGUGACUCCAGCCCAAAUCAUCAUGAUGUGGCCGUGUUGUUGACUCGGAAGGAUCUCUGUGCUGGGAUGAAUCGUCCUUGUGAAACGUUAGGGCUGUCUCAUGUCUCAGGAAUGUGCCAACCACAUCGAAGCUGUAAUAUUAAUGAGGAUUCUGGCUUGCCAGUCGCAUUCACCAUCGCACAUGAGAUUGGCCACAGUUUUGGAAUCCAGCAUGAUGGUCAGGGUAAUGACUGUGAACCCGUGGACUCUCAGCAUUUCAUUAUGUCACGACAACUGCAGUAUGAUCAGUCUCCUCUUAUUUGGUCACCUUGCAGCAAAGAUUACAUCACACGGUUCCUGGAUCGGGGCUGGGGUUUCUGUCUCAGUGAUCGACCAACUAAACCGGCGUUAGUCGUUCCCACCAUUGCUCCAGGAGUGCUGUAUGACGUCCAUCAUCAAUGUCAACUCCAGUACGGACCCAACUCUACUUUCUGUGAGGAAAUGGAUAACAUUUGUCAGACGCUCUGGUGCUCGGUGAAUGGCAGUUGUCGUUCUAAACUGGACGCUGCAGCAGACGGGACUAGCUGUGGAGAGAAAAAGUGGUGCUUUAACAGUGAGUGUGUGGCUGUUGGAAACCGGCCAGAGGCUGUCGAUGGAGGAUGGGGGUCCUGGGGCUCCUGGUCACAUUGCACACGCAGUUGUGGAGCAGGUGUUCAAGCAGCAGAGAGACAUUGCAGCAAUCCUGUUCCAAAGUUUGGAGGGAAGUACUGUACUGGAAAGCGCAAACGAUACCGUAUCUGUAACGUCACUCCGUGUCAGCACGAAACACCCACGUUCCGUCAGAUGCAGUGCAGCGAGUUUGACACAGUUCUUUACAAAAAUGAACUCUACACAUGGAUCCCAGUCCUUAAUCCUGCUAAUCCCUGUGAACUGCAUUGUCGGCCCGUUGAUCAACAGUUCUCUGAGAAAAUGCUUGACACAGUGAUUGAUGGGACAUCAUGCACUGAAGCCAUAAACAGCAGGGAUAUCUGCAUCAAUGGCAUAUGUAAGACUGUCGGCUGUGACUAUGAAAUAGAAUCGAAUGCAGUUGAAGAUCAAUGUGGGGUGUGCCAUGGGAAUGGCUCUUCUUGUCAGACAGUAAAGAAGACCUUUGAAGAGAGUGAAGGAUUAGGUUACGUCGACGUGGCUCUGAUUCCGGAGGGAGCGAGGGAUAUUCGGGUGGAAGAGAUAGCUGAAGCAGGCAAUUUCUUAGCCUUGAGAAGUGAAGAUCCAGAGAAAUAUUUCCUCAACGGAGGGUUUAUAAUUCAGUGGAAUGGAGACUACAAUGCAGCAGGGACAAUAUUUAAAUAUGAAAGAAAUGGUAAUCUUGAAAAUCUAACUGCACCAGGACCCACAAAAGAACCUGUCUGGAUACAGCUACUGUUCCAAGAAACGAACCCUGGAGUCCGAUAUGAGUACACUAUCAAGAAACAUACAGAGGAAGAGAACACCAUUAGUCAGCCAGAGUUCUUCUGGAAAUAUGGAGCUUGGACAGCAUGCAGCGCCCCUUGUGGACAAGGAGUUCAGCGCCAAAUUGUUCGAUGUGUGGAAAAGACACCCAGAGUUGUGGAAGACAGGUUCUGCAAUCCAAGGACUCGCCCUGAUGACAGACAACGAAAAUGCAACAAAAUGGAUUGCCCUGCCAGAUGGUGGACUGGUGAAUGGCAGGAAUGCUCAGCGUCAUGUGGAAACGCUGGUAUCAAGAAACGCACAGUUCUCUGUACUCGCACCGUGGGGACAGAGGAGCAAGCUCUCCCCAAUUCAGAGUGCAAGCAACUUCUAAAGCCAAGGACUCAAAUGCCGUGCAACAGAGACAUCUCGUGCCCUUCAAACUGGACCGUGGGCAACUGGAGUGAAUGUUCAGCUACAUGUGGAGGUGGAUUCCGCACACGGACGGUAAUAUGCACCUUGAUUAAUAAGGAGCUCUCGGAGUCAACCACUAGAGCACCCUUGAAGAAUAUUGUGCCUGCAACAAUAUCGACUAAUGUUACAAUAGAUAACGAUGAUUUUGAGAACCUAACUAGGACAGGCAUUGUUUUCUGGAAAGUUGGGAACUGGAGUGAGUGCUCUACCACGUGUGGAGUUGGGGCUGUGUGGAGGCAGGUGGAGUGCAGUACUAAUGAAGAAUCCGACUGUGAAGAGACAAAGAAGCCGGUCCCUGCUCGGAGAUGCUUCGUGCGUCCAUGCGCUAUGUGGAAAAUAGGUAACUGGAGCAAGUGCUCAGAGAACUGUGGAGGUGGAAUCAAAACCCGUGAUCUUCAGUGUCUGGACACUCGAGACAAAAGACUCCUGCGACCUUUCCACUGCCAGUUGCUAGGAGCCAAACCAAUCACAAGUCUCAACUGUAAUGUAAAGGCCUGCAGUGAAUGGAACGUUUCUGCGUGGAGUGAGUGUUCGAAGACAUGUGGCACUGGGAUCCAACAACGGUCAGUUUAUUGUGCGGAACACAAGCAAUGCCAUCUUAAAGCUCAACCUGAGACAACCGCAGCCUGCAAUAUUCAGCCAUGUGUUGAGUGGGUGGCUGGCAGCUGGAGCAAGUUACAAGCUAAUGCCCAAGAAGACAAAGGCAUCUAA